AUGGAUAUUACAAAUUCUAUAUCAUUCGAGGAGGCAACAUCGGUUGCCUACGCGCAGCGGACUGCGGGUAACUUACCAGAAGUCGGCAAAGAAGAUGGAAAGGUGGUUUCUGCAUAUGUAAGACUCUUGGAAAGAGAGAGGAAGAAACGUGAGGAGGCAAACACAAAGAUCGUGUCGCAAAGGGGAUCUUGUACGUUUGAGUUUUCCGGUUCUGUUGCGCGGGAGGAUGACAUUUGCAAUACGCGAAAGUUAUCUGAACCGCUAGCUCCCCUUCCCGUGUUAGCGAGGAUGCGUUUAGCUUUUGAUUUGCACGAAUGGCGCCACCAAAUGAAGCGUAACCCGGUACUAGACUUUGCAGGAUCAUACUCGUACGAGCGAAACAGCAAGGAAGAGGUGGCCGCGAUGUUUCGGUACAAGCAACAAUGUGCUGAGUUGCAGAAGAACUUAAGUGAAGCACGUGCUGAUGAUCUUUCUCCAGAUGUUGGGAUUCGGAACAAGUGUACCCUUACAAGUCUUUUGAGCACGUCACCACCUGGUAUGGCCCUCGGCGAUUUUGAACGAGACAUUGUGGAGCCGUUUUUUGAUGCCCUCUUUCCACCCAUUGUUAGCCAAAAGCAACCGCAGGUCGAGGGAUUCGAUGCGCUGACUUGGCAUGGGAUGGGCUCAGACCACAUGCAGUUUUUAUCAGGGAAUCGUAAUUUGUCCCGCCUGACGUAUCAGCGGUUGAACCAGAGCCACGUGGAAGCUGCCGAGAACCUUUUCCGCACUAUUGACGCGGAUGGUGAUGGUUUGGUGACAUGGGACGAACUGAGCACCUACAUUCUCGAGUGUGGCGAGCGGUCACUCGUGAAAGGGGACGCUUCUGCACGUAGGAAGAGGGGGAAAUCUGGCAGGACUUCUCCCGAUGAAGAAAAGGAAAAAUCAGUAGACUAUGUUGGGCGCAUCUUAGAUUUAACUACUGUUCCCGCGAACACCACAUUGUGGCAGAAGCGUUACCCGCUAGUGCGCUUCUUAUACCACACCGAGGCUAUUAGUCAUAUCGUGUUUAUCGAUCACGGUAGGCGCUAUGUCACGGCCGCGUGGGAUGGGCUAGUAAAGCUCUGGCGCACCGAUCCACGACUAGCCAACGCACAGGGCAAACCCGCUAUUGUGCACGAGCGGAACCUUUUGGCAGCCGGUGUACCUAUUCUUGAUAUGUCGUGCUCGCCGCAGUCAUUAGGCAAUGUGGAAAUGUUGGUUGUGUUGACUAUCGACUGUUCCGUUACUCUUGUUCGUGCUGGGACGGCGGAGGUUGUCAAAACGUUUCUCGGGCGGCAUUCGGUUCCCACAUUGCCAGUGGAACUUCAAAACGGUCUACCCAAGACACCUAGCUGCUUGCGUGGAGGUACCCCGGAGGAGUCACUAGACUUGUUGUGCACAGUGGACGUUACACAACUCCAGGAUGAGGAUCCGAGCAGGGUGAUGCGGCCCGAAUAUAAGGUUCGCGCAUACCGCCGCGACGCACUGGAUAUUCUCUUUACGGAUGUUUCACGGUAUUUCACUGGCCUUGGCAUUAUAGCGCCCACGUACGAGCAUCUUGAGCGACCUCAACCGGUGAAAACGGAUUUUCUCUCACGAUUUGGCGUGUGUGGUGCUUCUUCACUUGGCUAUAGAUCUCGUCCCGCAACAAGGUGCGAACGGCCCCGGUGUGGGACGAGGGAGGAAGUGGUCACACCGGAGACGACACAAGAUACGGGAAACUCUCUUGAAAGUACCAGAUGGGUUCACUGUGGCAGCAGAGGGGAUGGCCAUGUUUUCGAAGGUGUGGGGAGCGAGCGCAGCAACAGAAAGCCAACGCCAGGGCACUGUGCUUCCGAUUACACGGAUGAAGGUGUCGCAUGGUUUAGCCGCUGCGUCGCUCUUGCAAAUUACGUGAAGUUUAGCUCCACCUCCCUUCUUCCGACAGGCCCACUCAUGCUUAUAGGAUUUAGUUCUGGUGUGCUACAGUUUUAUCCUUUGCGUGCCCACUGGUUUGACGUAUUUGGCCAAACGGAGACGCGGUUAGAACCCCCAGAAUCGCACGAACCCCUGUUAACCCUGAAGCUACAUCGUGCUGCCAUUGUGAAAAUUGUCGUUAGUGUAGAAAGUGAUAUUGUGAUGACCGUUAGCGACGACUGCACAGUGGGUGUACGCCACCUGAGCCGCGUGGAAGUACCAUUCAUGACAUUAGGUGAAACAGUUGCCCCCACAGGAGCCGUGAAGCUAGGGUCUACCGGCUCAACGAGCCUAUGGCUAUCGCAAAACCAUGGGCACAGAAAGCGGAUUACGUGCGCUACUUUUCAUGCGGGUCGGGCCAUUUUAGUAACAGGGAGUUUAGACCGUACAGUCAUCUUUUGGGUGCCCUCUUCCCCGCGCCCACUUCACCGGUUGGAGCUGUCAGAAUUUAGGAAAUCUGCAACAUCCGGUUAUCCAGUAGAUGUGGCGUUUAUGCAACCGCCACUGCGGCCACUGAUGUUGAUGGCUGCCGACUCGAAGCGCGUACUGUACUUCUUUGAUGUUGACACCUACCAGUGCGUCUGUGUUGUAAGUGACGACAGCGCUGCUUCGCUUCGCUUUGGGGAGAUGCUCUGUGCUCGCUACGAUGCCGUCCAAGACCGUCUUAUACUAGGCGGGUACUAUCCAAGGGUUUGGAACCCCAAACAGACGGAUGACUAUCCAGCGGGUUACCUUGGCCAUCGGAAGCCGGUUGUGAAUCUUGUUCACCAGAGGAAGUGGGACAUUUGGUUUAGUGCUGACGAAGAAGUUAUCAUUGUGUGGCGCCCCGCUGUUACUGAAGUGAGAUUAGGGGUGAGAAAGGCAGCUGUUAUGUUUCCCCCUGAUACAGAGCAGUCACAACAGCCGGACGAGAGCGAUCCUCAACUUGAGGAAUCAUCGGCUAGCGACGCCAAUGCUCAUUGGAAGAUAACAACUGUUGUCGAGCGAUCGUGGGUUGUUGAUGGCGGAAUUUGUUGCAUUUCGGUGGAACAAACAGAGUCGGCGCAUGUUUUUGUUGCACUUGAGCAUUGCCGAUGCAUAAAGGAAUACAACGGCCUCAAUGGCACUCUAGUACGUACAUUUACAUUUCCAUCUGGGGUUAACGAACUUUCUUCCAUGGCUUGCGGGGUCAUGGAGGGAAAGGGGACGCUACGGCAGUCGGUCUCUCUGCUUUCCGCCACUUUUGAGAAAGAGAGAUCUCUAGACGGUACCACCGCUCUGUAUUUACUACCUGGUAAGUCUAGUGAAUCGUUGUCAGCGCUUGGCGACAACACUAUCGAGGCACAUCGCCAGAUUAUAACAGAUCGCGUCGGCGUCGCCGCUGCCAUUAUUUACGAAACUCUUGGAAUUGUUAUUGUUGGCCAUCGCGGAGGCAUCAGCACAACGCCUGUGGACGAGGUUACAAAGUGCCCGAUUCCGUGCACACGCUUGACAGACACCUCUCAACAUAAGUCUGAGGGUAAGAGGAGCAUCAGGGCAAGCGUAUCCGAGUCCUUUAAGCGGAGGUUCGUGGGCGACAAACAGCAAAUACACGUCUCUCAACGCUCUUCCACCACCAAUGCACUUCACAGUGACAGCGACUCUUCAGAUUUGGAUGCUAGCGCCAGAACCAGCACCAGAGCUUCGAGUCAAAAAAGCUCUAAAUUUCCCGCCACUACUGAUGCACGUGAUUGUCAGUCUGUACAAACAUCGUGCGAGAACACCGUUGUGCCGGCGCCGCUAGAUCUUGUUGCGUUACUUCCAGGUCCUCUCGUUCAAGAUCCGGUGAAUUAUACUAGGGAGUUCAUGCAGAAGCGCGAACGCUACCUAAAUUGCAAUGAACCGACUCGGGUUACAGCCCCAAGCAACCCUAGUAAUACCCAUGCCGAGAACAAGUAUGACGUUUUGUUGGACGACGGUAGCGAGAGUGUUCAGCGCAAGAGUGAGGAAUUGCCGCCACUUUUGCUUUUUAGUCGGGAUUUUGAUGAGUUCCUUCCUGCAUCCAAGCGUGACUGCGGAUUCUUGCUUUCUGAGCAAUUUGCAAACCUCGGUUUCGUUUCACAUAUCGUACCCGUUGGCACGACCGGUUAUAUUGUGACUGGCAGCGAUGACGGAGUCAUCCAGAUUUGGAACGGUCGCAGACGAGCGGAGUCAUUUCGGUUCCGUGUCACCUACGAAUUGGACGCCAUCACCGCGAUGGAGGUGAGCCGUGAUGGCGUUUACAUUGCUGUGUCCGAUCAUAGGGGUCAUAUGGCCUUGCUGGACGUGAGUAAUAUAAAUUGGACUAUAUCAUCGCCGUGGGAAACAGAAGGCUCUAUGCAUGAAGGUGUAAUAUUGCUACGGCGCUGGCGUGCUCACAAAAACAAUCUGACAGCCGUCCGGUUCAUACGAAAAACGUCUUUUUUGGCCUCUACCACAAGCGAAGCGGAGUUGUCGCCGUUUCCCGCUGAGAGUCUGACAGAAGCAAGCAAAGGGGAAGGUCAGAGCGUGAGAGUAAAUACCUUUAAUGCAACGGCUCCUUUCGUGGACAGGCACACGGCAGUCUUUCUUUGCGCAAGCUGCGACGAUGGCUACGUUUACGUGUGGAGUGUGUUGGUACCCUCUGUCUCUUUUGGAAACCCUAGUGAAUGUACCGUUAGCUGUAUUGGCUAUUUUGGGGGAAACAGUGAGGUGCCACCCAAGAUGCCAUCGUUGAAACAUAACCCCUGCUCUUUUGAAGUGUUGGAUGUGGUGCGGAAAGAAUAUGUGCAGAAGCGGCUUUUCCCAUGUGUUCGCGAGUUGUUUGACAACAGACAGGUGGAGGCUGCUAUUACGAGGGCUGCUGAGAUCGUUAAGGAGGAUAUGCUGGGAGUUAGGUUUCGUGGUGGGCUGCCGAGUGCGCCCCACGGGGCACUGUUAUUUGGGACGAGGACAAUGAGCCGUAUUGGGCUCAAGAGGAGCGGUGACAUUUCUCCACGUGCCUCAAUUUUCUGGUCCGAUCAGAGCACAAAAACUGAUAUGCAGCAGGGUAGUGGUAGCGGGUACCCCCCAUCCUAUGCUCUUGCUUUUAGGGAUGAAUUCCAUGGGGAACACGACUUGCCUGCGCUUCUUAAGCGCCUGUUCGAUGAAGUUGUUGGGCGUGAGUUCAAAACACAUGUGCCAUCGCCUAUCUCUCGCAAAGAUUCAGCACUCAUUUCUCCACAUCGCGGCGUUUUUGCUCGGAGGAGGACGCGAACGGAUACCAUUUGUGAGACCCCACGAGAGGCAUACGGAGUAACUGUACUGCAUAGUACUCCACAAGCACCCGCACUGAGGGAAGAGUCUGCGGCACUAUCUGAUACCUUUUCGGCGGCACACCGAAUCGCGGAGGCCGCAUUCUCCUGCAACCCAGCAUUUGGACCUGCCGGCAUCGCUCCUGUUGUCCCGUCCAUGCUCGCUACACCCCUGGUCUUACCCAACCGCGGCUCUUCAAUCUUCGCGAGUGAGGAGAAGGAGAAACAAAGCCCAGUUGUGUGCGUGCCUCAGGUGUCGCGGAAAGCGAUGUCUUCUUCAACGGAAAGGUCGGGCCGUGACACAGGAACAACUGUGGUGAAUAUGCCGCCAAACUGCAACUUGCCACCCAGCUCUGUAUAUUUAGGACUGCUUGCAGGAACCGUGGACGCAUGGGUGCUUCAACCUGAAAUAGUUGUAAGAGGCGCGACCUGCGCACCACUUCCUCGGCGCCGUUGCUCUCCGGCUGCAGGAACCCACAAGAGCCAAGCGAAAAAGGGUAGCAGUCCCCGUGGGGGCUCCCCUGUGAAAAAUGAAUUUUCGUUUAACGCUGUUCCAUCCUCCAAGGCGAUAAGGGAUCAUGUAGAGCGUGAGAAAUGGCGCGGCGUGAUGACUCUACUGGGGCCUGGGAGUGACGACGGAUCCUCUUCGGGGCGAAAGGGUUUACAACCCAUUCGGGGACAGAUGCCAUCACCUUUCCCGGUUGCUUCAAGCGAUCACCCACGUACGAGGACAUACAGCAGCUGCUUCACCGUGGGAGGGGCAUCCACAUCGAGUUCAAAGAAGCCAAAACGAAAGUCUGAGCAGGAGGAGCGGCUGCGAGUGAUGAAAACUCUAAUGAGCUGGAACACUUGUCCUGUACCCAAGGUAACCGGCGGCAAGGGGAUUGUCUCCACCGUUCGGCCCCCUAAUUGCAAGCCAGUUUACGAGGGCUCGUUGCUUUCUUACUCGGAUUCCUCAGUGGCAUCCAUGACACUUCCAGCUUUAAUUCCACCGUUCAUGAACGUCACGCGGAAUGUAAGAACACCUAGUAUCGACACCUCCCCGCAGGUAAAAAGUUUGAUGACCGUACUGGAGGAAGAGAAGGACGUAAUGACGGCGGUGCUAACCGCGGCACUGCAAGAAAAAGAACAGCUGCUGUUGCGUUCCAAUACCAACCCAUCGAAACUGCCAGCAAUACAACGGGCGCAAAGCAUAAUGGGAGGUCAUAUGUAG